CCUCCCCAUUUCCACCGCUGUACGAACGAGUCUCGUCGCAAGCUAUCCCCACUCCUUGGUUUGUCAGCGAUGUGGUGGGAGGAACAAGAGCACUUGAAAUAUUUAACGGCGAUGGGGUGGGGGUGCUAGUAGAUGGCGCUGGCGGCAAUCAUUCGGGGAGCUGGAAGAGUCGAGAGGUGCGCUCCGCACUACCUUCCUGGAUUUUGUACGUGAUACUACAUUGGUCUUGUACUUCGUACAAAGUUUAUUUGAAUUUAUAUCCUGAGGGAUAAAUUUAGAGGCACAAGUAUCAAUAAUUAAUGUCAGUGGAAAGGAAUCAGUUUGGGUGAAUUAACACUGUGUUGAUGUGUGAUAUUUUUUUAUUGAGUGGUGAAUACAAAUGGUUGUGCUAGAAGAAGGCGGAAUGUUGACCACUGGACACAAUCAGUACUUACAACCGGAUUAUCUCUCUCCGCUUCCAACGACGUUGGACGCGAAGAAGAGCCCGCUGGCAAUGCUCGCCCAAACCUGUAGCCAAAUAGGAGCAGAUUCACCAGCGAAACCCUUGAUAUCAUCCCUGGAAAAAUCAAAAACUAGUUCAAACGCCCGUUCACCGCCGGCGACAAAGAUGGAGCGGAUCCGUAGUAGUCCGUCGGAACCCAAGCCCCUGGCGUUCAAGCCCUAUGAAACCAAUGUUCUAACAAAAAAAUCAAGCCACGAUGACAGUAGACCAACAUCGAAAGCCAGUGUACAAAGUGUCAGUGCUCAGGAUAGUGUUAGUGCAAGUGAAAAUAACAACAAUAACGAUAAAAAAUCCGGUAAACGAACACCACUUGGACGGAAAUCGGCAUCACCCUGUCAGGGUAAUAAUUCAACAACAGCAAGUAGUGCAUCACCAAUGGAGAGAAAGACACCGGCCCAAGAGGUCGAAAAAUCCAGUGAAUCAUCACGAAACAGCGGAGCGAGUCCAAUAAUUCGAUCGGGAAUGGAGGUACUAUCAGGUGCAGGACACCCGAAAGAGAGCAGUAGUCUAAAUGCAUACAAGCACGGACUGGGAUUUGGCAGCAGUCCCCUCUGUUGUCCACCAGGGCUGAUGGAGAAUCCAGCAUUCAGACCAUCAUUUCCCGGUGCUUCGCCAUUCACUCAUCAUCACGCAGCAGCUGCUGCAGCACUUCUCGGUUAUCCGACGGCAGCCGGCAGUAAUCCAUACCUCAGCUAUACCCGUGUGAAGACCCCAGCUGGUGGUGAAGCGCUUGUCCCUGUCUGCAAGGAUCCAUAUUGCACUGGCUGCCAGUACAGCAUGCACAAUGCCCAGAUGAUGAUGGGCGCAGGUCCCUGUCCAAGUGGUUGCACUCAGUGUGAGCAUCAGAAAUACGGCCUAGCCAUGGCUCUCUCCUCCCUUGGACCAAUGCCACCACCAUCCAUGUCCUAUCCUCAGUCCCUCGCUGGUGGCAGGCCCUACGUUUGCAACUGGAUUGCGGGAGACACCUAUUGCGGUAAACGCUUCACCACAUCUGAGGAGCUUCUUCAACAUCUGAGGAGUCACACUAGUAUAGCGGGAAGCGAUGCGGCGGCCUCCGCUGCGCUGCUCGCUGCCCAACAUCCCCAUCAUCCACUGUUAUCUCCAUCAGCUGCGCUUCAUCGUGCUGCUAGUGGCAGCUAUCCUGCACCUCCUCUCAGCCCCCUCAGCGGCAGGUACCAUCCCUAUGGAAAACCACCAGCUGGUCCACUUCCUGCCUCACUGGCUGCAUCGCCUUACAGUGCAUUCAACACUCUGGGACCUUACUACUCUCCCUACACCCUCUACGGCCAACGAAUGGGCGCCGCUGUUCAUCCUUAAGGUGAUUUUUAUCGCGAGCCACAAUCAAGAUACACAAGUAUACAAUUAUCGUUGUAUAAACCAGAGACUGUCACUUGUAAAUAACGCGCCGCGGGUGCUCAUGUAAAUUAGAAACUCUAUUUAAAUGAAUAUACAGAUAUAUAUGAAAACGGAAUGGAGAAAAAAAACAAUGGCAAAUGAAUAUAUGAAUAUAUAAACUAAAUAUAUGACAAUUGAAGUUUUAUGAUGUAUCGCGACAGUUUAACGUUGACCCGUUGGCUGCAGAGAGCCGCUCUGACACACUUGAAUUAUACGCCUAUUAAAAUCCGAUUGAUUUACGAGCGGGUAUUAUUAAACGUCUCGUUUUCACGAUUGUGUCCACCCGAUAUAAAUUAUCAAACAAUAUUUCAUUGGUUUUUUUUUUACUGUUGUCUUUCUUCUGGGUUGGUGUUGGACUGUGUCGUAUGGGUGAAUGUUUAUGAGGCACUGGUGUCCAGGGAGUCACAGGGAGGUGGGCUUUUUACGAGGGGGUUGGCAGUAGAGUCUUGGUGUUUUUUUUUCGCUUUUGUUUUUUCGAAACCAACUAGGCGGCUUUACGACUCGUCCAAUGUGGAGUAAGGAUGGAAAACACAGCGUCGUAAUUCAUGCUGAGUAAAAUGUGUAAUCAUGUGUCGCUGAAGAAUGGCCUGAGUCAACACAAAGGGGGGCGGGGGGUGGGAGUACAAGAGAGGGAGAUAGGCGCGUAGAAAAAAAAGAAUGAUGAUACGAUCCGUGUCCAUUGUGUAACUGUGAUAUUUAUUAUUCAUUUCGAUUAUAGAACUAAGCGUUUCCGUUUGCUUUCGUUAUCCAUCGUUUGAUCCCUUAGAAAUUUACGGAGCCUCGGAGAUCAUGUGGAUGUCGAGUGUAAACAGAGUGUACGUCGGGGAGAAUCGUUGGUUUGUUGAGAGCACAACAUCCGGUGUAAAUUAGUGAGAUAAAAAAUGAGAGAAAGGGGGAAAAAAAUAUUGUCACGUCUGCCUGACAUGCCGUCGGAUGAGUGUUCUUAUCGUGUCUUAGACGACCCACACGAUGCAACGAUGUGUCAUUCACACUGUAAAUAGGAAUUGUAAAUAUCGUUGAGUUUCCAUACCGCUUUAAUAAACAUGUUUGUAGAAUCACAUAUUCAA